AUGCAACAACCACAACCAUCAACAAAUGACAAUAGUAAAUCUAUGGAUUUAGAUGAUGAAAAAAUGAUGCAAUUGGAACAAAAUAAAAUUCUUUUAUUUAAUUGUAAUGAAAUUGUUGACUUCAACAGUGGCGAUAUUAUUUUACCAACAAGAAUAACUUGUUAUUGUAGACAUCAUAAUGAAAAAGUUGGAUUCCGAAUAAAAGAUCAUACAAAUGAUGUUAUUGCAACAGGAAUGUCACCUCCAAUCAUGAUAACUGAUGAUCAUAAAUCAUCUAAAACAAAGAAUGGAAUAGCAAAAAAACGUUUAAGAACUAAGCAUGGUCGUUGUAAUAUUGUUGAUUCAAAUAAUUCAUCUAAAAAAAAAUUAAAUGAUAGACAACGUCACACACCUUCCCCUCCUCUUCCUUCUCCUACCACAACCUCAUCUUCUUCUAGCAGUAUUUAUGGGAAUAGCAACAACAGUCAUAAUAAUUUAAUGAUGAGCAUUUCGCCGAUUGAAACUCAACCAGAUUCUUCACUAUUAAACGUUAUUCCAAAUGAUGACUCAAAAGACAAUCUGUCGUCUUUAUCUCCAUCUCCCGAAUUAUCAAAAAACAAUAUAAAAAAACAACAAACUCCUCCUCUAGAAACCACAUCCAAUUUAAUUUUUUCACCCAUUCCUCAUGUUCCACAAAGUCUAUCUAGUCUUUCAAAUAAUGCCAGUGUAUUAUCAUUUCAUCAAUACCAUCAAAAUCACCAACAACAAUAUCCUCACCAAUUGCACAUUCAUCAACAAUUUGAUCAACCUUCUAUUAUGGAAACAUCUGCUUCUCAAUAUAACUUUGCUCCUUCAAUAAACAAUGAAAAUUUAAACAUUAUUAAUCUAGCAUCAAUAAACAGUUCUAAUUCUAUUUAUGAUCCAACACAAUUACUACAAAAUUUUGGAUGUGGUUCCACGAGAUUUAACAUUAACAAUACAAACACAGGAAAUGAUGCUGAUUCAAUAAGAUUUCACAGUUCACGUAUUCCUAAUAAUUCAAGACCUUUCUAUAACUCAAAUGGGAACUUAACUAGUGCCUCGGCUUCCAUAAACCAGAAUGGUACAAUAGCUGAAUUCCAAAUACCAAGGAUGAACAAAUUAAUUCCUUCGGAAGGUCCUGUACAUGGUGGAAUUGAAGUAACUGUUUUAGGAAGUAAUUUUUAUGAUGGUUUGACCUGCGUUUUUGGUGAGACACCUGCUUUUCAAACGCAAUUUUGGUCUCCAAAUGCUUUAGUUUUAGAUACAGAUCGUGCGUUAAUGGAAUUGGCAUUACAAGUUAUAGGAAUGAAAAUGACUGGAAAAGUUGAAGAUGCGCUUAAUAUUGCCACAAGAAUUGAUCGUCAACAACAUACCAUGUUACAUUUUGCUGCUAUGUUAGGUUAUCAAAAAUUAUUGUUUGUGUUGAUUGAAAGAGAAAUUGACUUGGAUGUACAAGAUGAAUAUGGCUUUACGGCUCUUCAUUAUGCUGCAUGGGCUGGAAGAAAAGAAAUAGUAAGGUCACUUUUGUCAGCUGGUGCUGAUGAUGAUAUUCUCAACUUCAAUUAUCAAAAAGCUUUGCCAAUUUCGUGGGUAGAAUCUGAAACUGCUGCAAGUUUAUCAAACAAUAAUGAUAAUGAUGAAGAAGAAGAGGGAAUCGUCGAUGCAGAAGUGGUUAGUGUGAAAAAUGAAAAACAACAUUUUUCAGAAAUGGCUACGGAUUUAGCGUCUGCAUCAACUGUUUGGCUACAAAAAACUUUUGCUCACCUGCAUAUGCCAAAUAUAAGCAAACCCUCCCAAAUAAAUAUUCAUUUACCAAACAUCAAAAUGCCAAAUCUACAAAUGCCAAAUCUUAACAACUUCUCUUCACCAAAAUUUUCAACAAUGAAUUUUAGUAAAAAUAUAUCAAUCCCACGACCAUCUAUGCCAUCAAUGCCAUCUUUGAAUGUCAACUUAGAAUUUCCAACCGUUACUUUUCAAACCUUUAUUCCGCCUAGUUUUGUUGGAGGUUUCACUAGAAAUUAUGAAAAGAGUAUAGAAACUACACUCGAUGGUGAUGCUAGUGGUAGUGGAAGUUGUAAAAGGCUGGUUAAUGAUACUAAAGAUAUUGAUUCUAAUUUCUGGAAUAAUGCAAGUAACAUAUGGAAUAGACCAGAAGGUAAUUCACAACAACCAUCAUCGCCAAAAUGUAUUGGACAAGAUAUUACAGGAUUUUCAAGAAUUGCCAAUAUGUUGCCAAUAAAUUUUACCCAUAACCCAGAGGAGGAUCAUCCAACUUCUACUCACAUCAGUAUUUAUCGUAAGUUUGGUUAUGAACCUAAUAAUUUAAAUGAAGAUCAACUUGCACGCCUAGAUUAUCAUAGCCAAAAAGUCAAAAAAUUAAAACAAGAUAAAAUGCUAUACUUAUUUUGGCUACCAACUACCGGAACAUUCGAUAAUAUUUCUCUACGAAUUCUGGGAAUUGUUUCAGUAAAAAGUAGUGCAGUGAUUCCAAAUGUAGUCCCAAAUCCAAUAGCUGUCGAUCUUCCUAAUGGUUUUUCUUUUGCAACAGAAGAUGCAAAAAAUCAAGAAGGAAAACUAGAUAAAAGAACAGAUGAAACAAAAAAGGAUGAAAUUAUCAAUAUUGGUGGUAUUGGAAUUUUUCCUGCCGGGUUACCAGAUGGACUUGGAUUGGUUGGCCAAAAAAAAAUUGAAGAUGAAAAAAAAAUCCCAGAAAAAGAAAGAUUUACUACUCCAUUUUUAACAAAAUAUGAAAAGGCUAGAAUAUUAGGAACUAGAGCUUUACAAAUUAGUAUGAAUGCACCAAUUCUUGUUGAUCGAGGUAAUGAAACCGAUCCACUUGAAAUUGCUAGAAAGGAACUUAGCCAAAAAAAGAUUCCAUUAAUGAUUCGAAGGUUUUUGCCUGAUGGAAGUUAUGAAGAUUGGCAUCUUAAUGAGUUGGCAAUAUAG